UACCCUCCUACUUACCACAAACUACUUACAUAACUUCUUUAAUUAGCUUGUCCAUUUCCAUUAUUGCUUAAAUUAUAACUUAAAGCCUUUCCUAGUAACCAAAAUGGCCUCCUCCCCUAUUAUCAUCUUCGGCCUUCUGGCUCUAUCAUUCUCUCUUGCCUUUGCAACCGAUCCAAGUCCUCUCCAAGAUUUCUGCGUGUCCGAUGCAAAAAGUCAAGUGCUAGUAAAUGGUGUGACCUGCAAGGACCCCAAGCUGGUUCAAGCAGAGGAUUUCUUCUUCAGUGGACUUCACUUACCAGGAAACACAUCAAACCCAGUUGGAUCGAAGGUGACGCCGGUCACAGUAGCACAGCUUCCAGGACUCAACACUCUUGGAGUUGCCGUCGCACGCGUCGACUACGUUCCAUGGGGAGUCAAUCCACCCCACCUCCAUCCCCGUGCAUCGGAAGUAUUGACAGUCUUAGAAGGAACACUCGAAGCCGGCUUCGUCACCUCCAACCCUGAAAACCGUCAUAUAACAAAGGUGUUGAAGAAGGGAGAUGCUUUCGUAUUCCCCAAGGGUCUCAUCCAUUACCAGAGGAAUAUCGGUUCCACACAUGCCGUUGCCAUUGCAGCUCUCAGCAGCCAGAACCCUGGAGUCAUCACCAUUGCUAACGCAGUGUUUGGGUCUAAUCCUGAUAUCCGAAGUGAUGUUCUUGUCAAGGCUUUCCAUUUGGAUAACAACGUUGUCAAGUACCUGCAGUCCAAGUUUUAGUGAAGAAUUCUCGAUAUGACUGUGCCAAAUGAUUUGUCAUACUUUGAUAUUGUUGUAGUUUUUACGUGUUUUUUGUGUGCUUAAAUGUAUUGGGUUUGUGGUUUUUAAUAUGCAUAAUGUAUUGUUUGCUUUACACUUGAGUGAAAAUUUAUAAAAUU